UCUCAUUCAGGCCUGAACACCCUGCCCCAGAGAGUCCUGCAGAAGGAGUCUGCUGUGACAUCUGCACUUGCCCUCAUGAACCGGUCCAAUGGCCAGUCCACAGCUGCCCCUGGCCAGAAGUUGGCUGAAAAUGUCAGUCGGGGCUCCAAUGCCUUGCGGUCCCUCACUAUUGACGACUUUGAGAUUGGGCGUCCUCUGGGCAAAGGCAAAUUUGGAAAUGUGUACUUGGCUCGGGAGAAAAAAAGUCAUUUCAUCGUGGCACUCAAGAUCCUCUUCAAGUCUCAGAUUGAGAAGGAGGGAGUGGAGCACCAGCUGCGCCGAGAGAUCGAAAUCCAGGCACACCUGCAAUGCAAGCCGAAGCUUCCUUUCUCUUUGCCCCAGACAUCCCAACAUUCUUCGGCUCUACAACUACUUCUAUGACCGGCGUAGGAUCUACUUGAUACUGGAAUAUGCCCCGAGGGGGGAACUCUACAAGGAACUACAGAAGAACAGAACUUUCGAUGAGCAGCGGACAGCCACGAUCAUGGAGGAGCUGUCGGAUGCACUGAUGUACUGCCACAAGAAGAAGGUGAUUCACAGGGACAUAAAACCUGAGAACCUGCUGUUAGGUCUCCAGGUUGAGGACUUUGGCUGGUCUGUGCAUGCUCCCUCCCUGAGGAGGAAGACCAUGUGUGGCACCCUGGACUAUCUGCCCCCAGAGAUGAUUGAGGGGCGCAUGCAUAACGAAAUGGUAGACCUGUGGUGCAUCGGGGUGCUCUGCUAUGAACUGAUGGUGGGGAACCCACCCUUUGAGAGCCCUAGCCACAGUGAGACAUACCGUCGGAUUGUCAAGGUGGACCUGAAGUUCCCUCCUUCUGUACCUGAGGGGGCCCAGGACCUCAUCUCCAAGCUGCUCAAGCAUAAACCCUCAGAUCGGCUGCCCCUGGCCCAGGUCGCAGCUCACCCUUGGGUGCGGGCCCACUCUAGGAGGGUACUGUCUCCCUCUGCCCUUUAG